AUGGGAGCGAAGGCCUCUACCCCUGAGGGAAGGCGAAUAGAGCCUCCUCCCCCCUUUGCUUUACCUUGUCAACCUUCAGAGUUUAUUGAAGGAGACAGUUUAUUUUUAACUGAAGAUUACGUCCCUUAUACAGCCAUCUUAGAGCAUAAAUGCAUCGUUGUGCAGGUUGUUAAUGUUACCGAUGGAGACACUUUCAGGGGAAGGCACAUCCCGAAUGGUCAUAAAGAGUUUCCUUUCCCGGUGCAGAAGAGUCAUCAAAGAACUGCUUUAUUUUCAUAUUGCUCAGCCUGGAAGGGCAAACUCAAAGGAGAGACAAUUAGAAUUCGGAUAUACGGCGUUGAUGCUCCCGAGACACCCAAACUCGGCAAACCGGGGCAGCCUUUUUGUGAAGAGGCAACACGAUUAGCAAAAGAGAAGGUAUUGAACCGCGUAGCUUUUAUUCGUUUGCUAGCAAAAGAUCAGUACGGCCGCCUGAAUGCUCAAUACAACGGGUUGUUAGAGAGGCUGGAGGCGCUGCAGCGCGAAGCAAAGGAGCAGCAAGUGGGUUUAUUUUCUUUAUCUUCUUCUGUCUUGGAGACGCCUGGCGAGUAUAAGAGAAGGUUAAGAGAGGGGUCGCCGUUUAAUCAAAAACAAAAUGCAGCCAAUACAGCAGAGCAGCAGCAAGAAGAGACACGCAGACACCCCAAUACAACCAGGGUCUCCUCACCCACUCCGAACAGAAACAAAGAUUUCACAGCGAAGCACCAGCAGCAGCAGCAGCAGCAGCAGCACCAUCAGCAGCCGCACCAUCUACAGCCGCACCAUCUACAGCCGCACCAUCUGCAGCAUGAGCAGCAGCAGCAGCAGCAGCAGCAGCAGCAGCAAGGAGAGACAGGGGGAGAGCGAAGUAGAGGCAGACAGACUGCCAGACAAAGAAAAAGAAGUAAAUCAAGAAGCCGCAGCGCUAGGAGACGAAAAGCAGCAGAACGUGCAGCAGCAGCAGCAGGAGCAGCAGCGGGAGCUGCAGCAGGGGCUGCAGCAGGAGCAGCAGCAGCAACAGCAGCAUCAGCAGCAGAGACAGUGGAGACACGCCGUGGUGGCGCGGAUAGGAAUGCUGUUGCUGCUGCUGCAGGGGGUAUAGCAGGAGCAGCAGCAAAAGCAGGUGCAGCAGCAGCAGCAGCAGCAGGAACAGCAGCAAACAACCGCAAAGUGCGGCCAAUGAAAAAAGAAGCAAAUGGGGUGUCUCCUCAGCUGCAGCCAAAGACAAGAGCCUUUUAUGUUAACGGUUCUGCUGCAGCAAUAGAGGGUAAGAGAGAAAGAAAGGCAGCAGAAGUAGCUGCAGCUACACCUCACCACAAGUCUGUUAGCUUCUCAAGACCAGCUGUCUCCAAAGUACCCCAGGGCAACAACAGCAGCAACAGCAAGAGCAGCAGCAGCAGCAGCAGCAGCAGCAGCCCUAAGACGCUACCGACAAAGUUAGUAAUAGAAGUAGAUGGUGACAUCAGCGGCUCAGAGCCCUAUGGAGACUCAGACAGCGAAUAA